AUGUCAGCAUCCCUUACAGAAAUUUCUAUUAAACUUACUCAAAUUGUCCUACCAAUCAUAAUAGUAGCUGGUAUUGUUGGAAAUUCUCUUAAUAUAAUUAUACUCAAUCGACCUAAUCUACGAAGUCACGCAUGUUCAAAAUAUUUCUUAGCUCUUGCCUCGAGCAAUCUUAUCUAUUUAAUUUUUGUUAUUAACUAUUUCUUAUCGAAUGGAUUUAAUAUCAAUGGGCAAAUGGUGUCCAAUGUAUCAUGUAAAAUUAUCCAAUAUAUAGUAAGUGUAUGUCCAUUUAUCUCUUCAUAUUCUAUAAUCUUAGCAUCUAUUGAUCGUUUUUGUGCAAGUUCAACCAGUACUAUAUUACGAAGAUUUAGUAGCAUAGUUGUUGCCAAAUAUUUCAUUUUGAUUGUUAUUAUUUAUUCAAUAUUAUGGUAUAUUAAUAUUCUUGUAUUAUAUGAAGUAUAUGAUGAUGGAUAUGGAUGCACUAUUCGAUCUAAAUCAAUUUUUAAUCAAGGUCUUCUCUUGAUCCAAGCUCUAUUAUUUGCGGCUGUUCCUCCAAUCUUGAUGCUUAUAUUUGGUUUCCUGACAAUAUAUAAUACAACUCGAUCGCGAGUUCUACAACAAGUAACAAGAAGUUAUCGCCGCACAGAAGGUCAACUAAUUCGAAUGCUUUUCCUUCAAGUUAUUCUUUAUAUUCUACUAAAUACACCAUUAUGUGUUUUAUAUCUACUGUUAAUAAUUCCAUCAGAUUUUAUCCCAACAUCGGAGUUUUUCUUUGGCUUUUCAAUUACUCAAAUUUUGUUUUAUUUAUCAUAUACUACACCAUUUUUCCUUUAUAUUCUUUCAGCUCGAGUUUAUCGAGAAGAACUAAUUCACUUGGUUUCAAAAAUCUGUCAUUUUCGACAAAGAGCACGAAUUCAACCAAUGUCAAUGACAAAUCAUCUUAAUAGAAUAAUAGCACGUAACUGA